AUGUUGUCUUCCGAAUCUGUCGCAACUGGCUCGUCACAUACAGAUACUGGUACUGAGCCGCCCUCGUCCGCAUCUCCACGCACGCCCUCACCGAUUCUUGGAGGCGGCCAUGGGAUUCGUCGCUCCUCAGAUGACGAUACGGCAGGGCCUGCGGACUCAGGACAAGGCCACUUGACAUUUCCGCAAGUAGGGAUAGGCCUCGGUACGAUGGAGCAAGAAAUGAACAUGUUGAUGGACCUCGAAAAUCUUGAUCGCGACGAUGACACGCCAGAAUUCAGCAUGUCAGAUGUCGCUGAUAUUCUGUCGCAAAUGAAAGACCUAGGAUACUCUACCCCGUCAAGCUCAGCUGCUUCGACAUCCUCGGCAGAGUCCGCACCAUUCGUACGCGUACCGCGUGCAGACGACGCAGAUGCGACGGCGCAACUCGCGCAACUUGUUUGGCAACUCGCACGCCAUUUGCAGAGACAAGAGGAAGGACGCGAGCGACUACGCCAUCAUCUUCGUGUUACACGAUUGGCUUCACUAUCAUUAUUUUCUUCUCUUCGCAUUUCGUAUACACACAUGCUCCAAGCUGAGCGGGAUAUCAAGGCGAGACUGGAAGUUGAAUUGUCCGGCUCUAAGAGCCAGUCAAAAAUGCUUAGUGAUAUGGUGUCGCGUGCAUCGCUACAUCAAUAUGAAGAUCGCGUGCAUCCAGUCGAUGAUGAAGCAGCGCGCCGCGCCGGUAUGCCGACGGACACGGAACGGACGAAACUCCUCGCUGACAAACGAUACCUCCGACAGCGCGUCAAAGAUACCGAGGCGCAAGUGUCGCGUCUUGAAAAGGAACUCAAAGAUCUGAAGCCCCUUCUGAUUCGCGCCUCGCUUGACGAAGAUGUCCCUGAAUUCGGUACACCCCGGUCUCGGCAUCGGCAUCACCACAGCAGCAGCAGCAGUAGCGGUGUCGGCGGCAUGAACAUGGAUCCUCUACACACUAAUGGUAGCAACAGUCGUCGUCGUGAGGCUGUGAUGGGCGAUGCAACAUCAGAACAUUUAAUUCUUGCUACUCGCAUGCUUCGCACACUUCGACAUGCAGCACCACCAUCGAGCAGCACAGAUGCCUCUUCAUCGUCUCCAUCCAAACUCGAUACGACGCCGUCUACACCACGCCGUGCGCGCGAUACGUAUCCUCCCCGCACCCCGAAAAGCACCGAGCGCACAGAAGAUCUGCACACUCCCUACGCACCGCCGUCCACACACAGCUUGCCAUCGUCGACGUACUCAAGCGGCAUCGAUGAUCUUUUACACGCAGCGCAGUCCCUUGCACCAACGAAUGCUACGUACUACCAAGAUUCAAGUCCUACAAGGUCGCCAUGGCACCGACCCACUCAUGCUCCUCUGCCGUUUUCAGCACCUGUCUUUGGAAGUCCGAAGCGCCGGCGCGUCCUAAGCAUGGAUGUGGACGACGCACCUAUCUCAGCGCUGGAUGUACUAGCGAAUCAGGCUGUCAGCGAACAUCCGACAAGCCCAACAUACCGCCAUUCCAUGACUUCGUACUAUCCACGCAUGAUGACACCAAGAACCACGUCAUCAGCGCCGGCCCCAGCUGCAAGUGUACCUACUACAGCAACACCAGCUACAACAGCCUCAGCGUCAACAUCCGCAGGACCAACUUCCACCACAUCAACAUCCAGCGCCUUGCCGUUGCGUCAAACCCCAUCUGCGAAACCAAAGCCUGCACAUGCACAAAGUCCUGAAAAGCGGCUGCCUUAUGUACGCUGGUCUUCGGAAGAGGAUAUCAAGUUGCGCCGAGCCAUCAAGGAACAUGGUCAACGUUGGGAACAUGUGGCACGAGCCGUCGGCACACGCUCAUAUCACCAAUGUCGGCAACGGUAUCUUUUGAUGCGGCGAAAAGAAGCCGCUGCCGCAAAUGGAAGCACUUCGCCUAACAAGUCGAAUUCUACCAAUCAUCCUCCUAGUCACUCGCACCCUCUCCCCAACGGCAUUAGUGGCGGCGACAGCCAUCCUCACCUGACUUCCAGCUCCAGUUCCACCUUGCACCAUUACCCUCAUGCCCAACAUCCCGCUUACAACUACCAGCAUCACCACCCCGCAACACGCGCAUCCUCCGACACGACAGAGCACGGUCUGCCUAACGAUACACACGAUGAAAAGAGCAGCGGUGGUGCGUCAUCUGACAACGAGACACCCGCGUUGGAUGUGCACUCGCACCUGUUUCGCACACCGAAAGCGCAUGCUCCUUCGACAAUGUCAUCUCUCACAGUGCAUCCACGUGAACAGGCACUUCAUAGCUAG